CACUUUGUUCAUCUCUGCAAAACUGUCUCCAAAGUGACCGCUAGUUCCUACCACCCGCUAAAAUGAAGUUCCUGCUAGUGCUGGCCGGUGUGCUCUGCGUAGCGCUGAUCGUAUCCGCCCGACCAGCGGACGAGGAAGCCGAUCAGGGGACCGGAACGGACGUAGGUGAUGCAGAUGCGGGUGCGCAAGAGGGCGAUGAUGAAGCGGCAGCUGGAGACGAUACUGAAACGGACGGGGACCAGGAAACAGAGGAUGGCGAAGGAACUGGCGAUACCGAAGGAGCUGAUGAUGCCACGGAUGAAGGUGGAGACGAUGCCGAAGGAGAUGGUGAUGCUGCCGAGGGUGAUGAGGGCAGUGAGGAUGGAGAGGCUGGAGAUGGUGAAGAGGGUGGUGAGGCUGGAGAUGGUGAAGAGGGUGGUGAGGAUGGAGAGGGCGGUGACGGCGAAGAAGGCCGAGAAGGUGGUGCUAAGGAAACGGCCCGGAACACCUACCGCCAGGUGCACAAGCUGCUGAAGAAGAUCAUGAAGGUGGACAUGAAGGACAAAUAUCUUAAAUCGUACGUCGUAGGCCGCCUGCAGGAGCGUUUGAUGAACCCGACGAUCGAUCUGGUCAACACGAUCGAAAAGUACUCGAAGAUCAAAUCGUGCUUCAGCUCGCUGGAAAAAGACGUCCAAGGGCUGGUGAAGGAAUCGGAAAAGUCCUACGCGGAGUGCAAGAAGGAGAACAGCAACGGUGACUGCGGCAACGAGGGAACGCGCGAGCUCGACGAGGGCCUGAUCGAUCGCGAGCAGGAGCUAUCGGAUUGCAUCGUGGAUAAGCGUGAUGCCGAGUAGGGGCAGACCUGAAGCUGAACCGAGCGUUUCUUUUUCAUUUGUCAAAGGAGCUGCUAGUGAAUAAAAUUUUAUGUAUUUCUGACACUGCAA